AUGGCCAUGGGGGUGCCGUGGGCCCUAUGCCUGCUCGCGUGCUCCCUGGCCGGCGCGGCGCGGUCGGAGCCACCGGCGCUUCAGAAGCUCGACGCAGGCAGCGCCGCCGCCGGGAACGCUCGUGCGCCACCGAGGGCUGCCCGUGCCCUCUCGGCCCCUCUCAUCGCGGACGACGGCCGCCUCGUCGCCUGCUCCGGGAAGGACCUCCUCGCGUUCGAACGGGACGGUUCCAUCGCGUGGGUCGCUCCCCUCGGCCACACGUGCAACCACAGCAUCAGCCCGGUCCUCGCGCGAGACAAGGUGUAUCUGGUGGCAGAGGACAAGGUCAUAAAGGUCACGCCGCCGAACGCGCACACCGCGAAGCCAGCAUCCGAGGUGUUCUUCAGCUACAACGCGACGCCGGGGAGGUCCGAGCAGAUCAUUGGCAUGUCGGUCAGCGGCAGCUACUCGUCUCUCUUCCUCACCAUCAGGAACCGGGGACUCUUCGUGUUCUCGCUGCAAGGUGAGCUCCAAUGGAGCCUCGGGCCCGUGCUCGAUUGGUUCGGUCACCGUCUCGGCUGCGAGGGAAACGUCUCCGGCUGCUAUUUCGAUUCGGCUCCCGUGCUUGAUCACAGUGGGGGAGCUAUUUAUAUAUUGAACACUGAAGGCAAGCUCUAUUCCCUGUACAUUCAAAGUCGUGCGCUCAGGUGGAUCCAGGACUUGAGCUCACUUGACAAAGUGAUGACUGUUGCACCGGGAAAUGGUGGGAGUCUAUACGUUGUCUUUCCACGGAAGUCUAUUGUGGUGGGGCUUGAUGUUUCGACAGGAAAUAUUUCUUGGCAGCAGACUAUUGGUCCACUAAGUAAUGAGAAAACUUUGCCAACAGUAGAUUCCAACGGUUGGAUGUCGAUUGGUUCACUAGAUGGAAUCCUCUACUCAAUUUCUCCUGAUGGUGACAUGAGAAAGUUUCUUGAAAAAACAGCAAAUGAUUCAGCAAUCCAUGUUGAUCCAGUCCUUGACUGCUCAGGGUUUUCCAUGUAUGUCGCAAAGACCAUAGUGGAAGGGAAAUUAAUCCAGACAACAGGAGGUUAUACCUCGGUAUCGAUGAUGAAGCCAUCACGCAUUUUGGUAAAUUUGUUGGCUCCAGCAAUUGGAACAAUCUACUGGACCGGAGAGUAUCCUGGGGAAUUAUCAAAUUUGCUGUCCAGUAGAGACCUGAAUGACUUUGUGGUAGAUGAGACUAUUCUUCUCACUCUUCUAUCUGCAGCAAGGUUCGAUAACACGACGCAGUGCAAUACGAGAAGCAAGCGAAAGCCAAGUUUGUGCAAGCCAAUCCAGGUGAAGUUCAACUGCUUCCCCUUAUGCUUUUAUGUCAAAUGGCACCAUGACUGA